AUGUUCCUAUCAGUUCUCCUAUUGUUUAUGGUCACUGGUGAAGUUGUAGGACCUCGUAAACUUUAUAUCUUAUUUGUGGUCUCUAGAACUGGCUCAUUUGUCUCAUCUGGUGUAAUACCAAUGGUUGACUAUGCCAUACAAGAGAUUAACAAUAGAUCCAGCAUACUCUCAAACUACACCAUAUCUUAUGAAGAGGUACUGGACUCAAAAUGUCAUGGUAGAACAGCAACAAACCUUUUCAUGGACAAGUUUUUUGACAAUCCCAAGUUAACAUAUAUAGUACUGGUUGGGUGUGGAUGCUCAGUAGCAACAAUCCCAGUUGCACAACUCAGUCACUAUUGGAACGUUCCACACAUCACGAUUGCUUCAGCUGCUAGCAUUUUGGGCGACAAAUCUCGUUUUCAAAGUUUAUUUCAGAUUCUUCCAACAAUUGAUGGUAUACCUUAUACCCUGACAGUCUUUGCCAAGAGGCUUGGUUGGAGGCAGCUUGCUGUAAUCACACAGCAGGAGUCUCUUUUCAUUGGGAUGACUCAUAAGCUAAAUUUGUUGUUUCAAGAGUCAGGGCUGAUACUAGAUGAUUCGAUCACUAUAGAAACUGGAAAACCUUUACCAAAGGAAAGGCUUUUCAAAUGGGAGAAUGGUUCAAGCCAGAGAAUUAUUGUUCUUUUUACAUAUAGUGCUUUUAGUUACCAAAUAAUGUGUGAGGCAUACAAGCGUAAAAUGUUUUCUCCAAAAUAUGUCUGGAUAUUUUAUGAUUCUCCAAAGAUUGAUUGGUUUGACCCCAAUAUUACAAGAUCUUGCAAACCGCCUGAGAUUGACAGGAUCCUUAAUGGAAGUUUACUCCUUCUACCUGAAGCAUAUUCUCCUAGUACCAAUAGUUCAUAUAUAUCUUCUAGUGGAAUGAGUCCUUCCCGGUUUACAAAGCUUCAUAGAUACUUAUUAAGACAGCCGCAGUAUCAAGGCCUUCCACUGGUCGGCAUAGAAGGUUCCGGAUAUGAUGCAAUAUGGGCAAUGAGUUUAGGAUUGGAGGAAGCUUCAAGGAGAAUAGCAGUUGGAAAUGAUAGUGGCUGCAAGCUCUUGCAAGGAGAACUAGUUCCACUGGAAGAGUUCACUUAUGACAACCCAAAGAUGGGAUGUGUGCUUCAAAAGAGCAUUGCCAGUGUCAAGUUUAAUGGAAUUACUGGACCUUUUGAAUUUAACAAGAAUAGAACUAGAAUAGGAAAUACUAUAAUCAUCUAUCAGUUUUCAGUGAAUGAAAAUGGUAUAAGAACACUUAGAAAGCCAAUGGUUAGAGUAGUUAACAGAGAUGGCAUUCGCAACAGUAUCUUAUUUUUCAUCGAACCAUUAUCUACUUUAUGGGGAAAAAUUCCAUAUGAUGGGUACGCUGAAAAGAAGAUAAGAGAAUACAAUUCAGCAUUUGUCACAGUUUUUACUCUGCUUGCAUCUGCUGGAGUCAUGUUUGCUGGAGUAUGUUUAGCAUUUACCAUCAUCUUCAGAAAGAAGAAGAUUGUGAAACUCUCUAGUCCAAAUCUUAACUAUCUCCUAAUACUUGGAUCAGUGAUACUGUACUCUCACAUGUACCUCAUCGUGUACUACUUCACUGGCUAUGAUGAGAUAGCAAAGCAAUCGAUUCUGUGUAACCUUUCUGUUUGGUCCCUUUCAUUCGGAUAUUCACUCUGUUUCUCUGUAAUACUGGCAAAGUCUGGAAGAGUGUAUUACAUAUUUGCCAAUCCAAGCAGCAAGAAAAAGUCAAUCAAAGAUUGGAUGCUGUUCAUUAUUGUAGCUCUAUUGACUGGAAUUGAUGUAUUGCUCCUGAUAAUAGAAACAAGCACACGCAGUACAAGAGUAAAAACUAAAAUAGUUCCUGAUACUCAACAGUUUGAAGUUGCAGCACUGGUUAGUGAUAAGGUAUACUUUAUCAUUAGUAUCAUAAUUCAUUAG